AGGUUUUCAAGUGGUAUGUGCAAGUGCAAGUAUUAUGAAUUCUAAGUUCUUUAAGUAUAUAUGAUCAGAGAACUUUCCCGAAUAAGCAUUUUACAAUCGUUACGUAAUUUUCGUCGUUCUCUCUCAUCUCGAACACAUUAUGAUACAUUAGGGAUUAACAAACGCGCUUCGAAAAGUGAAAUUCAUUCGGCUUUUAUCAAACUAUCGAAAAAAUAUCAUCCUGAUAAAGAUGGUGGUGAUAUUGAGACUUUUAAAAGGAUCAACGAAGCUUACUCUGUUCUAUCGCAGGAAAAAAGUAGACGGCUCUAUGAUUCCUCUUUAAUAUCGAGCACCAAACCAUCAUACACUAACUCGCCUUAUGAGUACAAUUUUGAAAAUCAGGAACGUGAUUUUAACAUCCAUUUACGGUGUAUGCGUUUUGGACAAAGUAAACGCAAAACAAAAAUAAACUUGAGUAUAGUACGUUCAAUUUUUAUCACAACAACACUAUGGGCAAUCCUCGCCUACUUUAUUUCUCUGUUUACGUUUAAUAAAAAGAUUUGAACUGCCAGUGGGGUUUAUGCGCUAAUGUGGUAUAGUGAUUUCAACUGACGUACGUUCGUAAGAAGUUCUCCGUUUUUAUGGACGAAUUAACUAACGACCCGAUAAACAACUUCAUCUAACGGUGUUGUGUCCUGAUAUAUUGGAGGUUUGGGAACAGUAAUUGGGGUUCUACUGGAAUAUCUGAAUUCGCAGACAAUAUGCAAACUUUUAUACUCGGGCAUACCAGGAACGAUUCGUGCAACAUAAUCAAUGUUAUAAGGAUGGCUUAACAAGCAGAAAAGAAAACUUAUAUGAAGAGGAUUUCGAAAACUAAACAAUCCCCGCUAGUUGUAACUAUGCAGUAUACACAAUCUCUUGAUUUUAUGCUUCAUCGUUUAAUCUAUAAGAUAUAUUAAAUAGAUUACUUUGUUUUCUGAUUAUCCUCAUUUUCACUGUUAUGAUUCCAUGUGUAUUUUACAUUUCUGAAUUCUUCUCCAUACUUGACAUUAUCACCUAAAUUUGCACUAGUUUAUUUACGACCUAAAAUUUGAUUUAAUGAAUUGUAAAAUAUUGUAAUUUUUUAGCACAUUAUCUUCGUCCAAUAAUCUUUGUUUGUUUGUACCAUAAAUAUUAUUACACCUUUUCUAUUGAAUUUUCUCAAAUAAUGGAAACCGAAAAUCUUUUCAUUUGGAAACUGUACUACUUUCGAAUUUUAUGUAUAUAUAUAUCAAAAGAGAGCUCUUAUGUUCAGAACUUCAAGUCAGUUUUCGCAAACUUAAAACAACGUCAAUUAUCCCAACAACUUGAGCGUCUCUUAUAUGCCGUCUAACUUCAGUGUUUUUUUUUUAAAUAGAAGUAUUCAGACCUGUAUUUCAUAUUUCCGUCAACUUGUUUAUUGUGAUCUUUCCUCUCUAUCCUAUCCUUAUAAGUUUCGUUUUUAGCUGAUUUUGUAAUUCGUUAAACGCUUUAUAUUCAAAACUAAUCCACAAUUUUCAAGUGUAAAUUGAAAAUGUGCUUACUAUGUUUAUUUCAUGGGAAAGACAAGUGUCUUUUAUGCUUUCAGUUAAUUACAGUACGCUUUCGAUACCAGAUUUUAGCUCUUGCUUGUACGUAGAUUUUAAAGAAACAUUUAUUAAUUACAGAGCUAGAUUGAGUCUCUGUGAUAAGAUGGUAUGGCAACUUGAACUAAUGUACGUACGUACGAAGUUCUAUGUUGUAACAUACUGACUCACAGAGCUAGACAAA